AUGGCCAUGAUCGGCGGCACCGCGCGCGACUACAGCGGCACCAGCAUGUUCACCGGCUACGAGUAUUUGGCCAAGUCCCUGUUUGUGUUUCAGCUGGGGGAGAACGGCUACAACAUCCAGCUGGUGAAUGGGUCCACGCUACACGAGGCAAGAAAGAGCAUACCCAGCAUAGUCAACACCAUCACAUCCGGCGUAGAGAAAUUAAUGACACUCGGCGCAGUUGACAUUGUGGUGUCAAACAUUGCUCCGAUGGGUUGCUUUCCAUUUUACCUGAGCAUGUUCGAGAGCACCAACAAAAGUGACUAUGACAAGUACGGGUGCCUGAGAAACCACAACGCGCUGUUCAAAAGGCACAACUCUUUCCUCCAGAGCAGCCUCUCAAAGCUUCAAAAGAAGCAUCCACGCACACGGAUCAUGUAUGCCGACCUCGCAAGCCACAUCUACCAAAUAGUGCAAGAUCCCAGAAAAUUCGGCUUUGAGACCGCCCUCAUGAGCUGUUGCGGAAAGGCCGGUGCACCGCAUAGAUUUGAUCCGUUCACCUUGUGCGGGAUGGAUGGCUCGAGCGUUUGCCAUGACCCAGGGAGCCACCUCCUCUGGGAUGGUAUGCACCUGAGCGACACUGCUAACAGACGGAUCGCCGAGGGCUGGCUCAGCGGCCCGUACUGCCACCCACCAAUUCUGCAGUGA